AUAUUCUUUGCCGUUAGAAGUAUCAUAGUAGCGUUUGGCACUGGGCGAAACAAGCAACAACUUUCAGUUUAUUUCAUAUCAAUCCACGAUGGGGAAACUCAAUCAUGAUAACUACUUUUACAAAUUGACUUGAUUGAAGGUGUCAUGAAUUAUCCAGGUAAGAGCAAUAGGCUUUCACCACCGAAUUACGGUGUCAAAAAGAAGAGGAAAGAUACUAGCAUCCCUGCACAUCUAUCUAUUGAUAACAACAGCAGCAUCGACAUCUACAGCGAGACGAAUCGCUUGUUUCCAUCAGAUUCCUUAUCAAAAUCCAAUGAAAUCGUGGUCGUUAGUAAUCCUUUUGACGAUAACCUAGUUACUGUACCUGAAUCGACACGAAUUCACGCGAUCGAUGAAUUCACGGAGAUAAUACAUAUCAUGGAAAUACAGAAGCGAGGUCUGCAUCGGGAUCAUCUGCAGCAGCAGCAUCAUCAACUUCAGCACCAUUGUCAUCACCACCAGACUCAUCAACAACAUCAUCAUAAGCAAUGUCAUCAGUAUCAUCAGUGUGAACAGCUGCAACAUCAGUUGCAGUAUUGUCAGCACCAACAGCACCAACAAAAGCAAUCCCAACACCACCACCAGUAUCAACAGCAACAGCAACAACAGCACCAACAACAGCAAUACCAACACCACCACCAGCAUCAACAGCAACAGCAACAACAGCAAUACCAACACCACCACCAGCAUCAACAGCAACAGCAACAACAGCACCAACAACAGCAACAACAACAGCAAUACCAACACCACCACCAGCAACAAAAGCACCAACAACAGCACCAACAACAGCAAUACCAACACCACCACCAGCAUCAACAGGAACAGCAGCAGCAACAGCAACAACAGCACCAACAACAGCGAUACCAACACCACCACCAGCAUCAACAGCAGCAGCAGCAGCAGCAGCAGCAACAGCGACAACAUCACUACCAGCAUCAACAGCAACAGCAGCAGCAGCAGAAACAGCAACGACAGCAUCUGCAUCGACAAGAGAAUCUACAUUCACAACAGCAGCGGCAUCAGCGUCUGUAUGAGCAACAGAAGCUGCAUGAGCAACAGCAGCUGCGUGAGCAACAGGAGCUGCGUGAGCAACAGAAGCUGCGUGAGCAACAGCAGCUGCGUGAGCAACAGAAGCUGCGUGAGCAACAGCAGCUGCAUGAGCAACAACAGAAGCAGCAGCUGUCGGUGAACGUGGAUUGUACGCAUAUGUCAGUGAGCACCCACUCGUCUAUGCCAAGUAUUCAUACGGAUUACCGGUCUUCUAUUUUUAACUUCCCGGUUCCGAAGCCUAGUAUCUGGAACCCCGAUUCAAUGAACAUCUUGACUCGUAUGCAUAUGAGUAUGAACAACAUGAACAUGGAUGAGCCGGCAGAUGAGUUAAAAAUGCGGAAAUUCGUGGUGAGAAGUAUAUUGGAAGCGUUAGGGAUAACUAAGAACAAGAGAACACCCGAAGAUGUUUCCUCGAGUGCAGGACGGGAGCAAUCUGAUCAGUCAUUGUACAAUAUAGAGGAGGAUGAGUUGAAUAAUAGCUCAUCUGAGGACCCACUGUUAUUAUCCUAUUAUACGGAUAAUUCCCCAGAAAUACUGAGCUCGGCGAACGACAAAGACCUGCCCUUCAGCCUCGACUUCGACGAUCUGGACCCGGAGCUCGGUAUCUGCGGCGACUGCAAUAUUGUCAUCUAUUACAGUGACGAGUCCAUAAUGUGCGGUGCUGGCUGUAAGACUUGGUUUCACCGCAAGUGCAGCGGCUUGACCUUCAUGGCUCAUCACUUGCUCCUCACGACCCCUGACACCAAAUGGAUCUGCGACUACUGUUUCCAAGUCGUAGAGCUACCGAUUAUCCAUUAUAAAAACUGAACGUACCUUUUAACAUAUGUGACGAGCGCAAGCCUUUAGUUUCUUUGUUUCUUCUUGUAUCUCGAACUGCGCAAAAAUUAUUAUAUUGCAUAUUGUGCGCUUAUGCGAGAAAGCUAGUUUAUUUUGUGACGCUCUUUGCGAGGUAAUAAAAGUAAAUAGAGGCUCGA